UCACCCACCCGGAAGUCGAGGCCGGGCCGGGCCGGCCGCGGUGGCCCGGGGGCGCAGCCAUGGCGGUGGCGCUGGCCCCGGUGGGCGCGCCGGGCGUCCCGGAGCCGGGCCCCGCGGAGGAGCUCGCCAAGCUCGAGUAUCUGUCCUUGGUGUCCAAGGUUUGCACCGAGCUCGACAACCACCUGGGGAUCAACGACAAGGACCUAGCUGAAUUUGUGAUCAGUCUAGCUGAGAAAAAUACCACCUUUGAUACUUUUAAGGCUUCGCUGGUCAAAAAUGGUGCAGAAUUCACGGAUUCUCUGGUCAGCAACCUGCUGCGCCUCAUCCAGACCAUGCGGCCACCGGCGAAGCCGUCCACGAGUAAGGAUCCAGUUGUAAAGCCCAAGACCGAGAAGGACAAGCUGAAGGAGCUGUUCCCAGGGCUCUGCCAGCCCGACAACCCUGCCGUGCGGACCAUGCUGGACGAAGAGGACGUGAAGGUGGCUGUGGAUGUCCUGAAAGAGCUGGAGGCCUUGAUGCCCAGCGCCGCAGGCCAGGAGAAGCCGAGGGACACGGAGCACCGGGACAAGACCAAGAAGAAGAAGCGGAGCCGGAGCCGGGACCGGGACCGGGAGCGAGACAGAGACAGAGACCACAGGCGCAGGCACCGGUCCCGCUCGCGUUCCCGGACCCGGGAGCGGAAUAAAGGGAAGUCCAGGUACCGGUCCAGAAGCAGGAGCCAGAGCCCCCCCAAGGAGCGCAAGGAGCCCCGGGACAAGUAUGGGGAGAGGAGCGUGGACAGGUGGCGGGAUAAGCAUGUGGACCGCCCGCCACCCGAGGAGCCAGCCAUCGGGGACAUCUACAACGGCAAGGUCACGAGCAUCAUGCAGUUCGGUUGCUUCGUGCAGCUGGAAGGGCUGAGGAAGCGUUGGGAAGGCCUGGUGCACAUCUCGGAGCUGCGGCGGGAGGGCCGUGUGGCCAACGUGGCGGACGUGGUGAGCAAAGGUCAGCGGGUCAAGGUCAAAGUGCUGUCCUUCACCGGGACCAAGACUAGCCUGAGCAUGAAGGAUGUGGACCAGGAGAGUGGGGAGGAUCUGAACCCCAAUCGCCGGAGGAACCUGGUCGGGGAGACCAAUGAGGAGACCUCGAUGCGGAACCCGGACAGACCCAGUCACCUGUCACUUGUGAGCGCUCCUGAGGUGGAGGAUGACUCACUGGAGCGCAAGCGUCUCACACGCAUCUCGGACCCCGAGAAGUGGGAGAUCAAGCAGAUGAUUGCGGCCAACGUCCUUUCCAAAGAGGAGUUUCCAGACUUCGAUGAAGAGACCGGUAUCCUCCCGAAGGUGGACGAUGAGGAAGAUGAGGACCUGGAGAUCGAGUUGGUGGAGGAGGAGCCCCCGUUCUUGCGGGGCCACACCAAGCAGAGCAUGGAUAUGAGCCCCAUCAAGAUCGUGAAGAACCCCGACGGCUCCCUGUCGCAGGCGGCCAUGAUGCAGAGCGCUCUGGCCAAGGAGCGGCGUGAGCUCAAGCAGGCGCAGCGCGAGGCGGAGAUGGACUCGAUCCCCAUGGGGCUGCACAAGCAUUGGGUGGACCCCCUGCCAGACGCCGAAGGCCGGCAGAUUGCGGCCAACAUGCGGGGAAUCGGGGUGAUGCCCAGCGACAUUCCUGAGUGGAAGAAGCAUGCAUUCGGCGGCAACAAGGCAUCGUAUGGCAAGAAGACACAGCUGUCCAUUGUGGAGCAGCGGGAGGGGCUGCCCAUCUACAGGCUGAAGGGGCAGCUGGUGCAGGCUGUGCACGACAAUCAGAUCCUCAUUGUCAUCGGAGAGACUGGGUCCGGGAAGACCACACAGAUCACCCAGUACCUGGCUGAGGCCGGCUACACGGCCCGGGGCAAGAUCGGCUGCACACAGCCGAGGCGCGUGGCUGCCAUGUCCGUAGCCAAGAGGGUGUCGGAGGAGUUCGGCUGCUGCUUGGGCCAGGAGGUGGGCUACACCAUCCGCUUCGAGGACUGCACCAGCCCCGAGACGGUCAUCAAGUACAUGACGGACGGCAUGCUGCUGCGGGAGUGCCUCAUCGACCCGGACCUGACGCAGUACGCCAUCAUCAUGCUGGAUGAGGCCCACGAGAGGACCAUCCACACCGACGUGCUCUUCGGGCUGCUGAAGAAGACCGUGCAGAAGCGGCAGGACAUGAAGCUGAUCGUCACCUCGGCCACCUUGGAUGCAGUGAAGUUCUCCCAGUACUUCUAUGAAGCGCCCAUCUUCACCAUCCCGGGCCGCACAUACCCCGUGGAGAUCCUGUACACCAAGGAGCCCGAGACCGACUACCUGGACGCCAGCCUCAUCACCGUCAUGCAGAUCCACCUCACCGAGCCACCAGGCGACAUCCUGGUCUUCUUGACUGGGCAGGAGGAGAUCGACACAGCCUGUGAGAUCCUGUACGAGAGGAUGAAGUCGCUGGGCCCUGACGUGCCCGAGCUGAUCAUCCUGCCUGUGUACUCCGCCCUGCCGAGCGAGAUGCAAACCCGCAUCUUUGACCCAGCCCCGCCGGGCAGCAGGAAGGUCGUGAUUGCCACCAACAUCGCAGAGACCUCCCUGACCAUCGACGGCAUCUACUACGUGGUGGACCCGGGGUUCGUGAAGCAGAAGGUCUACAACUCCAAGACGGGCAUCGACCAGCUUGUGGUGACGCCCAUCUCCCAGGCCCAGGCAAAGCAGCGUGCAGGCAGGGCUGGCCGCACGGGCCCCGGGAAGUGCUACCGGCUGUACACGGAACGUGCCUACCGCGACGAGAUGCUGACCACCAACGUGCCUGAGAUCCAGAGGACCAACCUGGCCAGCACUGUGCUGUCGCUCAAGGCCAUGGGCAUCAAUGACCUGCUGUCCUUCGACUUCAUGGACGCCCCACCGAUGGAGACCCUCAUCACAGCCAUGGAGCAGCUCUACACGCUGGGGGCCCUGGACGACGAGGGCCUGCUCACCCGCCUGGGCCGCAGGAUGGCGGAGUUCCCACUGGAGCCGAUGCUGUGCAAGAUGCUCAUCAUGUCGGUGCACCUGGGCUGCAGCGAGGAGAUGCUGACCAUCGUGUCCAUGCUGUCCGUGCAGAACGUCUUCUACCGGCCCAAGGACAAGCAAGCCCUUGCUGACCAGAAGAAGGCCAAGUUCCACCAGACCGAGGGUGACCACCUCACGCUGCUGGCUGUGUACAACUCUUGGAAGAACAACAAAUUCUCCAACCCCUGGUGCUACGAGAACUUCAUCCAGGCGCGCUCCCUGCGCCGGGCGCAGGACAUCCGCAAGCAGAUGCUGGGUAUCAUGGACAGGCACAAGCUGGACGUGGUGUCCUGCGGCAAGUCCACAGUGCGUGUGCAGAAGGCCAUCUGUAGCGGCUUCUUCCGCAACGCGGCCAAGAAAGACCCGCAGGAGGGCUACCGCACGCUCAUCGACCAGCAGGUGGUCUAUAUCCACCCCUCCAGCGCCCUCUUCAACCGGCAGCCUGAGUGGGUGGUGUACCAUGAGCUGGUGCUGACCACAAAGGAGUACAUGCGUGAAGUCACCACCAUCGACCCGCGCUGGCUGGUGGAAUUCGCACCCGCCUUCUUCAAGGUCUCCGACCCCACCAAACUCAGCAAGCAGAAGAAGCAGCAGCGCCUGGAGCCCCUGUACAAUCGCUAUGAGGAGCCCAACGCCUGGAGGAUCUCGAGGGCCUUCCGGCGGCGCUGAGGGCUAGGCCCACACCCCACCCUUGCGUGGAGGCCCUGCUCCUCUGGCUUCCCCCGGGGGUGGAGCCUGGCAUGGCUGGACUGCGGCCCCCACCUGUGCAGGACCAGGAGCCCUGUGUGGCCUUGGGGGGCAUCCCCCACGCCUCUG